GCUGUCUUUUAAAGUAUACCCACCUCAUUCAUCACAACACUCCUGCAAAUUUCCAUUGGCAUGACUUAAGGGUAGCGAUGGAUCCUGAAGGUUCACGUAUCCAAGAUGACCCAGAUGUCAAGGUGCUGUUGGCGGGCUCGACUCUGAGGAAGGUGAAGUCCCGUUUGUGGAAGAAGAAUCGGCAUUUCCGACUCCUGGCCGAUAGCCAGACCAUCUGGCACAAGUCCAGACGGGCGGGGAGAGGCCAUUCCACUUUCUCGGUCACUGAAGUGGAGGCUGUGCGCGAGGGCCACCAGUCUGAGGUCUUGCAGAGCAUCGCAGAGGAUUUCCCCGCUGACCUCUGCUUCACGUUGGUGUUUCAUGGUCGCCAAGGCAACCUGGACCUGGUGGCCGAGUCCCCCGAGGAGGCACGGGCGUGGAUCCAGGGAGUGCGCAAGCUGAUUCACAGGGCUAAGACGAUGGAUGCGAAGGAGAAGCUUGACCAAUGGGUGAGGGACUGGUUUCAGAAGGCCGACAAAAACAAAGACGGGAAGAUGAUUUUCAAAGAGGUGAAGAAGCUGCUGAAGAUGAUGAAUGUAGAGAUGAAUGAGGAACACGCUUGGCAUCUCUUCACGAUGGCCGACAAGUCAGAGAGCGACUCUUUGGAAAUGGAGGAGUUUGUCCUCUUCUAUAAGAUGCUGACUCAGCGGGAUGAAGUGUGGAAGGUGUUUCAGGACUACUCUGCAGAUGGAGAGAAGUUAAUGGUGGAGGAGCUGGAGAGCUUCCUGAAGAUCGAGCAACAUGAGGGAGAGCGCAGCGCACAGUACGCCCAGCAGCUGAUCGGCCGCUAUGAACCAUCUGAAACAGCCAAAACACAAGGCGCCAUGUCUUUAGAUGGCUUCCAGAUGUACCUGUGCUCCCAGGAGGGCUCCAUAUUUAAACCUGAACAUGUGGAUCUUCACCAGGACAUGAGCCAGCCGCUCAGCCACUACUUCAUCUCCUCCUCACACAACACCUACCUCAUGGAGGACCAGCUCCGAGGGCAGAGCAGCCUGGAGGCGUACAUCCAGGCCUUGAAGAGAGGCUGCCGUUGUGUCGAGGUGGACUGCUGGGACGGCAGUGAUGGAGAGCCCGUCGUGUACCACGGUCACACUCUGACCUCAAAGAUCCUCUUCAAAGAUGUCAUCUCAACGCUCAAAGAAUAUGCCUUCAAGGCAUCUGACUUCCCGGUCAUCCUGUCUAUGGAGAAUCACUGUGGUGUGGAGCAGCAGAUCGUAAUGGCCCAGCACCUUCGCCAAAUACUGGGUGACACGCUGCUGACCUCUCUGCUGGAUGGGCAAGUCCCUCAACAGCUCCCUUCUCCACAGGAACUGAAAGGGAAAAUUUUACUUAAAGCCAAGAAGAUUGGCGGGCUAGAGUGUUCUCUCGAUGAAACGGAUUUAGUUAGUGAUGAAGACGAGAUGGCCAACGGUGACGCUGAGAGCCCGUCUGCAGAAGACCUCCCUGCUGAAUGUUUAAACCCAAAUGAGAAGAAAUCCAAGUCCAAACUCUCCCGGGAGCUGUCAGACCUGGUGGUUUACUGCAAGAGCGUGCACUUCCAUGGCUUCGAGCAUGCUCGUUUGCACGCCAAGUGCUAUGAAAUGUCUUCGUUCUCUGAGUCCAAGGCCAAGAGGCUUGUUAAAGAGACAGGAACAGACUUUGUGCAGUACAACACGAAGCAGCUGAGCAGGAUUUAUCCCAGUGGCCUCAGGACCGACUCCUCCAACUAUAACCCUCAGGAGAUGUGGAACGUGGGCUGCCAGAUAGUGGCUCUGAACUUCCAGAGGGCUGGUCUGGAAAUGGAUCUGAACGAUGGGCUCUUCAGGCAGAAUGGCUGCUGCGGCUAUGUCCUUAAACCUGACUUCAUGAGAGACGGAAACACACAGUUCAGUCCCGAGAAACCUGAGGAGCGGCAAAACGGCAAACCACUCCGCUUAUCCUUCCAGGUGAUAAGUGGCCAACAGCUACCAAAGGUAAACCAGAAAGAGGGCUCUAUCGUAGACCCUCUGGUCAGAGUGGAGAUCUACGGAGUACCACAGGACCAGGCCAAAGAAGAGACCACUCACAUUAACAACAAUGGUUUUAACCCGGUGUGGAAUGAAACUCUAAAUUUUGUCGUCCGCACACCUGAGCUGGCCCUGGUUCGCUUUGUGGUGGAGGACUACGACAAGGCAUCCAGAAAUGACUUCAUGGGACAGUUCACUCUCCCGUUUACGUGCAUCCAAACAGGAUAUCGUCACAUACAUCUGCUCUCUAAAGAUGGAACAGCAAUCCCUCAAGCUUCACUCUUCAUUCACAUCAGCAUCUCAGAGCUCACAUGAAGACGUUAAAUUUGAGCAUAAAAAAAGCC